ACUGAUCUCUCUCUCUCUCUGUGCGAUUUCAGGAAAAUGGCUGAGGCCAGUAUUUCAGUAGAUCAGCUUUCUGUGGACCAGUUCAUGUGUCCAGUGUGUCUGGAUCUCCUGAAGGAUCCGGUGACUAUCCUCUGUGGUCACAGUUUCUGUAAGGUGUGUAUUAAUGGCUGCUGGGAUCAAGAGGAUCAGAAGGGCGUCUACAGCUGUCCUCAGUGCAGAGACACUUUCACGACAAGGCCUGUUCUACGCAGAAACAACAUGCUGGAUGAAGUGGUGGAGAAACUGAAGAAGACUGAAGUCCAAGCUGCUUCUCCUGCUCACUGUUACGCUGGACCUGGAGAUGUGGAGUGUGAUUUCUGCACCGGGAGAAAACACAAAGCCAUCAAGUCCUGUCUGAUUUGUUUGACUUCAUUUUGUGAAAUUCAUCUGAAACCUCAUCUUGAACGUCCUGCUUUGAAAAAACACACAUUAAUUGAAGCCUCAGCAAAACUCCAAGAGAAGAUCUGCUCUGAACAUAACAAGCUGAUUGAGAUCUACUGUCGUACUGAUCAAACCUGCAUCUGUUAUUUGUGCAUGUUGGAGAAACAUAAAAACCAUGACGCUGUUUCAGUUGCAACAGAAAGAGCUGAAAAACAGAGUGAGUUAAAGGAGGAGCAGAUGAAAUCCCAGCAGAGAAUCCAGGAGAAGCAGAAGAAGGUGCAGGAGCUGGAACAGGCUGUGAACACUAUAAAGCUCAGUGCACAGACAGCAGUGGAGGACAGUGAGAGGAUCUUUACUGAGCUGAUCAGCUCCAUGGAGAAAAAGCGCUGGGAGGUGACGGAGCUGAUCAGAGAUCAGGAGAAGGCUGAACUGAGUCGAGCUGAACGACUCCUGGAGCAACUGGAGCAGGAGAUUGCUGAUCUUCAGAGGAGAGUCACUGAGCUGGAGCAGCUUUCACACACACACGAUCACAUCCAUUUCCUCCAGGUUUUAGCUUUUGGACGUCAGUCUCCUCCAUGGGGCAGACCAAAUUUUCACACAUCCAGCGUCACUGUCCAGCAUCUCUCAUUUGAUGGAGUGAGGAAUUCUCUCUCAGAUCUGAAAAAGAGACUCGAGGAAUUCUGUGAGGAGGAAUUCAACAAAAUCCCUCCACAUGAACUCUUUCCAUCUUUUACACAAACUCAUGUUUCUAUUUUUCUCUCCACAGCUGCAGCAGUUCAGAUCAUUUCAGAACCAGAACCACAGAGCAGAGAAGAGUUUCUGAAAUAUUUCUGUUAUCUGACUCUGGAUCCCAACACGGCACAUCGUCGCCUCAUUCUGUCUGAGAAGAACAGAGCGGUGAGAGUCAGUGAGAGAGAGCAGCGUUACUCUGAUCAUCCAGAGAGAUUUGAUUACUGGGAUCAGGUGUUGUGUAAGGAGAGUGUGUGUGGACGCUGUUACUGGGAGGUGGAGUGGAGCGGUGCUGGUGGUGUUGUGGACAUAUCAGUCUCGUAUAAAGAUAUCAGCAGGAAAGCACUGGGUAAUGAGUGUGGGUUUGGAUUCAACAAUCAGUCCUGGAGUCUGCAGUGUUCUUCUUUUUCUUCUCUCUCUUUCUAUCACAACAACUUUAAGACUGAUCUCAGAGUUCCAUCCCCCUCCAGAAUAGGAGUGUAUGUGGAUCACAGUGCAGGAACUCUGUCCUUCUACAGCGUCUCUGACACGAUGAAGCUCCUCCACAGAGUCCACACCACAUUCACUCAGCCUCUAUACGCUGGGUUUGGACCCUACUGGUUUUCUGGUUCUACAGUGAGAUUGUGUGAUCCAGAAUAAAAGUGUGUAGUGUUUUCUGUAAAA